AUGGGCAGCGGGGGCAGGCCCAGCGGGCAGGGCCCCACACCCAGGGGAGGGCGGGCACUGGCGGAAGGGGGGCACCGGCCCACGGGGGGGGUUGCCACUUGCCCCCCUGCCCUACCCCUCUCUCCCCAGGAGCCGGUGUACAAAAGCGCCCUGGCGCCCGUCUCCCAGCACGUCUGCAGCUACCGGGCCGUGCGCUACGAGACGCUGGCGCUGCCCGUCUGCCCGCCCGGCGUGGAUCCAGCCUUCACCUUCCCCGUGGCACUGAGCUGUCACUGCAGCCUCUGCCUCAUGGACUCCAGCGACUGCACCGUGCACAGCAUCGGGCCCGACUUCUGCAGCGCUCGGGGGGGCUUCGCCUAGGGGUGGGGGGCAAUAAACACCAUGGCCACGC